AGAGAAUCUACUGAGGGAACUGUGAUGGUGAGAAAGCUGAGGUUCCCCCUGCAGGAGACAGUCUGUCUGCACUCAGAGGCGCAGCAGGGCAAGCCAUGCCCCAUCAAAAAGAAUGGAAAAUCAAUGCUGUGUGACAUGGUCAUCUCUAGUCGUGAAGGUAUUGCACCAGUCAGCACUGAAAUAACCUGUGAACCUAUGGGCAAGGCAGAUCAACUGCAGCAGAAGAUCCGGAUGAGAAGGAGCAAAUCUGGCAAAGGUUCGGGAGGGAACAAGGGCUCCGGAGGCAACAAAGGAUCGGGAGGGAACAAGGGCUCCGGAGGCAACAAAGGAUCGGGAGGCAGCAGAGGGGGCUCGCGAGCCGGAAGUGGCUCCUCCAUCGCUGGCGGAGGGAGCCGAGGAAACGGCAACACUCGAACCGCAUAGAAAACGGAGGUGCCAGGUGAUAAACAAAAAGGAGGCAUGACCAAUCGAACCCAGGACACAGCCAUAUGCAUCCUUGGUUCCUGGCAUCGCAGCCACCAGUUCUGUUAAGCUUUUCCGUGAGCUCAAAUAUGUAAAUACAUCUCUUGCAAGUUUUAUAAAUUGUGCACAAUUAAAAGACAU